AUGUCGGAGGAUUCGCUACCGGUCCUCAAGAUCCUCAUCAUCGGCCCUUCCGGCGCCGGCAAGUCUGCACAUUGCGAUGACCAGUUUGACCCGGAGUCGACGACGGCGACCAUUGGUAUCGAUUUCAAGAUGAAGAAGCUUGCCGUCCGAGGCAAAGGAUAUAGAUUGAAUAUAUUCGAUACCGCCGGACAGGAAAGGUUCCGCACCUUGUCGACUAGUUAUUACCGCGGUGCCCACGCCGUCAUCCUGGUCUACGACAUCACGAGCAGGAAGAGCUUCCUCAGCAUGGAGAAGUGGAUCGACGAGGCGAGAUCUAGCGCGUCGCCCGAUGCCGUGCUUUACCUGGUCGGAAGCAAACUGGACAAGGUGGCUACGGGCGGCCGCGCCGUCUCCUUCGAGGAGGGCAAGGCGUUUGCGGAAUCGCAGGGCGCCGGGUUCUGCGAAGUCAGCUCAAAGACGCGGGAGAACGUGCGGCAGCCGUUCGUCGAGGUCGUCGACCGCAUCGUCCAACGACCUGAGCUACUCGCCUCAACCGCGCCCGCGUCUAGCAAUACGCUGAACCUCGGUGGUCUCGGGUCAAGUUACUCUUCGGCAUGCCCUUGUUAA